UGAAGACAGAGAACUAAGGGAGAAACUUCAACAACAAAGACUGAAAGAUAUUCUGGAUCAGCAGCAGCAAGAAAGAUAUGAUGCAGAUUUUCAUUACAUAUGCAUGUUUUGUGACCAGCCUUUUUCAGGCAACAGUUUCCAAUGUUUAUACUGUGAAAAAACAUUCGAGGAUAAGAACAAACUCAAGGACCACAUGAGGAAGAAGCAACAUCGUAAAAUCAAUGCUAAAAACCAAGAAUAUGAUAGAUUUUAUAUUAUUAAUUAUUUGCAGCAAGAUUUCCCUAUGCACAAAAGUGGAAGGAUGCCAUGAUUUCUACCAUGGAUGAAUGAUUACAAAAGCUGAUGGAAUUAGCAGAGAUGGCCAAAUUGAUUGUGCUGAUAAAAGAAAAGAACAUAAGUACUUUUGUUUCUACUUGGAAACCGCUUCUGGACUUUUGUUUCUUCUGCCUCCUUUCUUCACACCUUUUUUGUUUUCCUUUUUUUACUGUUGCCCCCUACUAUUUGCUUUUGUAUUUUCACAUUUUAUGUUAUAAAUGAAUAAAACUAAAAAAAAAAAAAAGACCUGCCCCAGUUUGAUCCCUUAAGGAAAUAAAACUCUUGACCUCUUGAUUCCUUUUUACUAAGGAAUACUGGUUGCAGUAGAGUCAAGCAGAAUCUGAAAUUCCCACGCAGAAAUACAGAACUAAAACCCUGGUUUCCCCUGGCCCUCCUCUCGUGGGCUGUAGCGUACCCAAUCCAGCGCCACUGUGAUGUUAUGAGAAACUCUGAGGUGUUUGGGCUGGUGAAAUUCCAUACUCGGGGCAAACAGCCUUGACAAUGCCAGGAUGCCAACAGGAACCAGAUUCCAGGCUGCUCUGUUCUUCAACUGUCAGUUCCCCCAUCCGAAUUUCCCAUUAUAAAAAUAUAAUGGAGCCAGUUGUCAGAGCGGGCGGCAGUGCAAAUGGUCUCUCUGGCAUCACCAAACGCUCGUCCUAGGUCCGUGGGGCUCAUCCGAGCCGAAAGAAGCCUCGGGGCGACAAGGUGUGGGCGAUCUGCUCUGCUGUCGGUGGCGACUGGUGACGGGAAUAGAUAAACCCAGAACCGAGCAGAUCGGGAAGAAGACGGCCAAAAAUGGCCGCUGAAGCUGACAGCUGGACGGAGUAAGCGAGGAAAUAGUGGAAUGACGGUAAAUCGGAUUUGACUAGAUUGACUUUUUCCCAAAGCUUUGUGAGCGGAUUUGGUAGAUGCCUCAAAAAAGAAAGCGGAAAGGGGAAGCCUGGAAAAAGAGAAGCUGAAGGAGAGGAGCGGAGGUGGCGAGUGAAAGUGGCAGGAAGAGCUCCUGGAAGAGCCUGAUGUGGAGGAGCCAGGCUGCACUGAUUAAAGACGUAGCAUUUUAAAGUCACAUAAAAGGACAGGAAUCAACCUUUAAUUAAGCUAAGAACCUUGUCUGAGAGUCUUAUGGCCUUUGGCUUUUGCCUUUGACUGCUAAGUGGAUUGGCUGGCGGAAAGGUGUCUUUUUUUCCCUUCUCCCUGGAAAGGAAUAGAGAUUGCAUGACAGGAGGAAUUGGAACGAUAUAGAGACUGACAACUUUGGAAAGUGUUGUUGAGGAGAUAGCAGGUGAUUACAUGGACGUAUAGAACGGAAUGGUGUGAGACAGAAGAAAGAAGAUAAGAGAAAGGGUAUUAAAGAGAAAUUGAAGGGUUUAUUGGUUAUACAAAGAAAAAAGGAAAUGCUGGGAAAGUUUAAAGUUAACAUCAGAGAUUGAAUUUUUAGAACUUGUAUUUGUAUUAGUAUUAUGCUGAUAGAUUUACAUAGACGGAAUAUACCAGCGAUAUUAUUGUUUAAACACCUGAGAGGGGAACAAGGUAAAGGGGGAGAAAGUGGAAGAACAAAAAGAGGGAAGUGGAAAGUGGAUAUUUUGGAAGAAGAGUAAGUUGUGGGAAAGUUUAUUUAAAAUGGCAAGCAAUCCAAACUUAGCUAAGAUUGGUGGGGGGGAGAAAAAUGCAACACAAGGUUCAAGUCCCAUGAGCCAAAGAUCGUUAGAUGACAUGCUUCAAAGAGAAUGUUCCAACCCACUUAAAGAAUUACAGGCAAUGAUGCAGGCAAUGCAGGAAGUCAUGAUGAAGAACCAUGAGGAAAUCAAAACGGAACUAGAAGUGGUUAGGAAUGUUACUGGAGAAAUGAGAGAGAAGAUUCAGGCAAUGGACGGAAGAUUUGAAGUGGUUCAGCAGCAAAUCACACAAAAUGAGCAGAAGUUGCUGGCAGUAGAGCAAAGAUUGGAUAAUGAAGAAAAGAAGGUGGAAGAGAUGGAUAAAAACUUAACUGUGGCUAAUAAAGAGUUAAUGACAGCUGUGACGUUACUGGAAGCGGAGAAGGCGACCCAAUAUCUUAGAUUCCAAAAUGUUGUAGAGGAAAGAGGAGAAGAUCUCCCAGACAAGAUGGCGGAUUUGUUGACAGGAGGUCUUGAGAUUGACAAAGAAGAGAUUAUUGUUGGAAUGGAUGAGACAUACAGGGUGCAGACAAACUAUGGGAGACAACAUGUGAAGGAGAGGUCCAUGUGAAGUUUAUAGAAAAGAAAAUUAGAGAUGAAAUAUUAUAUAGGACAUGUGACAAACAGUUAGAAUACAGAGGGAAACAAAUUAUUGUGUUAAAACAAAUACCUAAAAGGAUGAGAGACCUCCGAAAGAACUACCUCUUUCUGACCUCCAGGUUACAUCAAAGCAAUGUAAAUUUCAGAUGGCUAACACCAGAGGGGCUUAUUGUGACUUGGCAGGAGAACAGGUUUAGAUUGGAUACAGUGGAGAAAGCAGAAGACUUCUACAGGCAAUACUGUGCCUCAGAGGAAGACUUGAGAGAUCUCGCGGAAGAAAGAGCUAUGGUUGAAAAAAGAAGAGAUAUUGAAUGAAUGUUGGAGAAAAGAGGGACAGAACAAAGCAUAGAGGAAAUGAGAGGGGGAAGAGGACAAGAUAGGCUAGAACAACAGGGGAGACGUUCAGAGGAGGCGAAGGAAAUAAAAAUUACUAGAAGCACAAAGACACAACAAAAACAGGAUACUGGGUGAGGAGUAUAGGAUUUGGUCAACAAAUAUUAGAGGGUUGAACGCACCAGUAAAGCGUAGGAAAGUUUUUAGUAAGCUUAUUAAAUUAAAUGCAGACAUUAUUGCGUUAUAGGAGGUUCACAUAAAAAAUGAUAAAGAAUAUCUAUUAGAACAACCUAAAUUAGGUAGGCUAUAUGUUUCACUAGACGAGAGAAAAAAAGAGAAGUUCUGUAUGUUAAGCAGAAGAUAACUUUGAAACAAAUUUAUAAAGACAAAGAGGGAAGGGCUUUGAUAAUUGAGGCUAAACUGAAUAAAAAAACAAUAAUUGUUGUAAUAUAUGCCCCAAACAGAGCUCAAGUAUCCCUUUUCAACAAUCUUCAUAAUAAGAUGAGUGAUAUAGAGGGAGAUGGUUUUUGUAUAAUUGGAGAUUUCAAUGCGAUCGCAGAUAAAACAAAAGACUAUAAAAGCACGGAGGCAAGGAAAGGAAACCAAAAAAAACCCACUUCCCAAAACCUUUUUUGAGAUGUGUGCAGAUCUUAGCUUACAUGAUGUUUGGAGGGAAAGGAAUUAUGAUAAGAGGGAAUACACAUACUUUUCUAAUAGACACAGAUCAUGGACAAGGAUAGACAACCUGUGGUUUUCAAAAGAAUUAGACUCUGAAAUCCAAGAAAUUGAUAUAGAACCUAGUCUCUGGGCAGACCAUAACCCAAUAAGUUUUCGCUUGAAAGGACAAAGAAGCAGGCCAAGAUGGACUCUCCAAAGAGCGAUUCUCAAAGAAAAAGAAUUUAAGGAAAGUAUGGAGAAAGAAAUGCACUUUUUCUUUCAAGCGAAUGACAAUGGGGAUACAUCCUUGCAGAACAUCUGGGAUACGGCUAAAGCAUAUGUGAGGGAUGUAGCAAUCUCGUACAUGGCUAAGAGAAACAAAGAGUAAAAACGGCUAAGAGAAACAAAGAGUAAAAACGAUAUAGGAUGAGGCUUGAGGAAGAAUACAAACAGGCCGAAAUACAAUUUCAGAGAGAUCCUGAAAACAAAGGAUUGAAAAACAAAAUGGAUCUAAUUAAACAUAAACUUUGUAUAGAGGAUUCGGAAAAGUUAGCACAAAAAUUACAGGCAGCUAAGCAAAAUAACUUUGAGCACACGAACAAACUGGGAAGAUGGCUGGCAUAUAAAUUAAGACAGAAAGAGAAGCUAUGGAUCAGUAAUUUGGAAGAUGAGAAAGAAGAGAUUCAGGGGGAGGAGACUAUAAAAAGGGGAAUUGCUCAAAGAUACUAUGAAAAAUUAUAUAAGAGAAAUGAGGGGGGGAAAGUAGAAAGAAUAAUAGAAUACUUAGAGAAGGCAGAUAUACCAAAGAUACCGGAGGAAAUAAAAUCUAUGUUAAAUGAGGAAAUAAGAAUGGCUGAAAUAACCAGGGCUAUAAGUAAACAAAAGAUCAAUAAGGCGACUAGCCCAAAUGGAAUACCAGCGGAACUAUAUAAAGAGCAACAAAGUGUACUUAGUCAAUACUUGCUAGAAUUUUGCAACACUGUAUUAACCGAAGCUAGAUUACCUAAGUCCUGGACAGAGGCAAACAUAAUAUUGAUAUCAAAAGAAGAAGCGGAAAAAACACGGAUACAAAAUUAUAGACCUAUAUCAUUAUUGAAUUCUGAUUAUAAAAUUUUUGCCUCAAUAAUGGCGGAGAGAUUUAAAAAUUAUCUUAUUGAUUUUAUACAUUCUGAUCAAAAUGGGUUUUUACCAAACAGGCAGACUAAGCGGAACAUAAGAACAAUCUUAGACAUUCUUGAAUUUUAUGAGUCGCAUAGUGAUCGUCAAGUGGCACUUCUGUUCCUUGAUGCACAGAAGGCUUUUGACAAUGUCAAUUGGCUAUUUAUGAUCCAACAAUUAAAAUCAAUGGAUGUUGGAGAAAAAUUUUUAAACGUGAUAACCGCAAUAUAUUCUGAACAAAAGGCCCAGAUCAUAAUAAAUGGAGAGGCCACUGAUAAAUUCAAUAUACAGAAAGGCAUAAGACAAGUAUGUCCUCUCUCACCAUUGUUAUUUAUAUAUACAUUAGAAACGUGCUAGAGUAGUAAGGUAAGAAGAGCAGAUUAAAGGAUUUAGGAUUAAGAAAGAAACAUACAAACUUCAAGCUUAUGCAGACAACUUAGUAUUUAUAUUAGAACACCCAGAACAAUCAGGGCAGAAGUUAUUCGAAAUAUUGGAAGAGUAUGGAGAUCUGGCAGGUUUGAAAAUAAAUAGAAAUAAAACAAAGAUUAUUACAAAAAACAUGACUAAUAUACAGAAAGGAAAUCUUGAGGGAAAAUUAGGUAUACAAGUAGUUUCCAAAUUAAAAUAUCUAGGAAUAGUUAUUUCAGCACACUGCUCAUCAAUUAAGAUAACUAUGGCAAAUUGGUAAAGAAUAUAAAAGAAGAUUUAGACUGUUGGAAAAAUUUACAUCUCUCAUAUCUCGGGAGAAUUGCAGCAGUGAAGAUGAACAUCCUACCUGAAAUGAUAUUCCUGUUUCAGAACAUCCCAAUUCAAUUAGACAAGAAAUUGUUCAAGGAGUUGAAUAAAUUAACUUUAGAAUUUGUGUGGUCAAGAAAGAAGGCAAGAAUAAAAUUAAAGGCAUUACAGGAUGCCGAAGAGAGGGGAGGUUUAGGUUCCCAGAUUGGGAGCUAUACUACCAAGCAGCGGCCCUGACGUGGAUUAGAGACUGGAUAACCUUAGAAAAUAAAAAGAUAUUUACAUUUAGAGGGUUACGACCUCCAGCAGGGUUGGCAUGCUCAUAUAUAGACGGGGCAGAGCAGAAACCACCAGUAUUUUUUAAGACAUAAGGUUUGGCAAGAACUAAUAAAAAGCUGGAAUAUAGUCAAACGUCAACAUUAUACAAAGAUCCCGGCUUGGUUAUCCUCAUUAGAGGCAGUCAUAUAUCCCAAUCUGUAUAGGAAAGACAAGGCUAUGUUAUAUAAAGACAUCUUGACAAAAGAAGGUUACCUAAAACAAAAACAAGAGUUAAGACAACAAGGAAUAGACCUGGAAUGGUGGUCUUAUCUCCAGAUACAAGCAAGAUACAUGAAGGAUAAGCAAG